AUGAUAGUGGACCAGCAGAGCUCAGAGGUUCCCAAUGGUCAGUCUGCCCUGCAGCACCAAACAGACUUGGACUCCAUAUUUGUGCUGCUGGAGGACAACAUCAUCCCUUUUGUGAAGAAUGAGCUGAAGAAAAUUCAGAAGGUUCUGAGUCCAGAUUACCCAGAAUGCUUAGAGAUUCAGAUAGAAGAUGAGGAGCAGAGGAGGAGCAUAGAGGCAUUUGUGAAGAUCACAGUGGACUUUCUGAGGAGAAUAAAGCAGGAGGAGCUGGCUGACCGUCUGCAGAGCAAGAAUUUUCCAGCAGUGUGUCACCGUAACUUGAAAUCUAAGUUGAAGAAGAGGUUCCAGUGUGUGUUUGAGGGGAUCGCUAAAGCAGGAAACCCAACCCUUCUGAAUGAGAUCUACACAGAGCUCUACAUCACAGAGGGAGGGACUGCAGAGGUCAAUGAAGAACACGAGGUCAGACAGAUUGAAACAGUAUUCAGAAAACGAGACAGACCAGAAAAAACAAUCAGACAGAAAGACAUCUUUAAAGCAUCUCCUGGAAGAGAUCAUUCAAUCAGAACAGUGCUGACAAAGGGAGUGGCUGGCAUUGGGAAAACAGUCUUAACACAGAAAUACAUUCUCGACUGGGCUGAAGACAAAGCCAACCAGGACAUCCAGUUCAUAUUUCCAUUCACUUUCAGAGAGCUGAAUGUGCUGAAAGAGAGAAAGUUCAGCUUGGUGCAACUUGUUCAUCACUUCUUUACUGAAACCAAAGAAGCAGGAAUCUGCAGCUUUGAAGACUUCCAGGUCGUGUUCAUCUUUGAUGGUCUGGAUGAGUGUCGACUUCCUCUGGACUUCCACAAAACUACAAUCCUAACUGACCCCAGAGAGCCCACCUCAGUGGAUGUGCUGCUGAUAAACCUCAUCAGGGGGAAACUGCUUCCCUCUGCUCGUCUCUGGAUAACCACACGACCUGCAGCAGCCAAUCAGAUCCCUCCUGAAUGUGUUGGCAUGGUGACAGAGGUCAGAGGGUUUACUGAUCCACAGAAGGAGGAGUACAUCAGGAAGAGGUUCAGAGAUGAGGAGCAGGCCAGCAGAAUCCUUUCUCACAUCAAGACAUCACGAAGCCUCCACAUCAUGUGCCACAUCCCAGUCUUCUGCUGGAUCACUGCAACAGUUCUGGAGGAUGUGCUGAAAACCAGAAAGCGAGGACAGCUGCCCAAGACCCUGACUGAGAUGUACAUCAACUUCCUGGUGGUUCAGGCCAAAGUGAAGAGGGUCAAGUAUGAUGGAGGAGCUGAGACAGAUCCACACUGGAGUCCAGAGAGCAGGAAGAUGAUGGAUUCUCUGGGAAAACUGGCUUUUGAUCAGCUGCAGAAAGGAAACCUGAUCUUUUAUGAAUCAGACCUGACAGAGUGUGGCAUCGAUAUCAGAGCAGCCACAGUGUACUCAGGAGUGUUCACACAGAUCUUUAAAGAGGAGAGAGGACUGUACCAGGACAAGGUGUUCUGCUUCAUCCAUCUGAGUGUUCAGGAGUUUCUGGCUGCUCUUCAUGUCCAUCUGACCUUCAUCAACUCUGGAGUCAAUCUGCUGGAAGAGCAACAAACCACCUCCUGGUGGUCUAAAUUAUUUAAAAAACAAGAAUUGCAAAGGGAAGUAGAAUCUGGAGAGACAGAACCAAAACUAAAAUUUCUCCACCAGAGUGCUGUGAACAAGGCCUUACAGAGUCCAAAUGGACACCUGGACUUGUUCCUCCGCUUCCUCCUGGGUCUUUCCCUGCAGACCAAUCAGACUCUCCUACGAGGCCUGCUGACACAGACAGGAAGUAGCUCAGAAACCAAUCAAGGAACAGUUCAGCGCAUCAAGGAGAAGCUCAGUGAGAAUCUGUCUGCAGAGAAAAGCAUCAAUCUGUUCCACUGUCUGAAUGAACUGAAUGAUCAUUCUCUAGUGGAAGAGAUCCAACAGUCCCUGAGAUCAGGAAGUCUCUCCACAGAUAAAUUGUCUCCUGCUCAGUGGUCAGCUCUGGUUUUCAUCUUACUGUCAUCAGAAAAAGAUCUGGAUGUGUUUGACCUGAAGAAAUACUCUGCUUCAGAUGAGGCUCUUCUGAGGUUGCUGCCGGUGGUCAAAGCCUCCAACACAGCUGAACUGAGUCGCUGUAACCUCUCAGACAGAAGCUAUGAAACUAUUUCCUCACUUCUCAGCAUCCAGUUGUCAAGUCUAAGGCACCUUGAUAUGAGUAACAACGACUUGCAGGAAUCAGGAGUGAAACUUCUGUCUCUUGGGCUAAAGAGUCCACACUGCAAACUGGAAACUCUCAGUCUGUCAGGCUGUCUGGUCACAGAGGAAGGCUUUACGUCUCUGGCCUCAGCUCUGAGCUCCAACCCCUCCCAUCUGAGAGAGCUGGACCUGAGCUACAAUCAUCCAGGAGACUCAGGAAUGAAGCUGCUGUCGGCUGGACUGAAGGAUAUAGGCUGGAGACUGGACACGCUCAGGUAUGCAGAGAAUGUACAGAAACGUGAGCAGUUUGAUGAGUUUCACCACUGGCUCCCGGAGCUGCGUCUGGAUGACGGCCGCUUUCAGCGGUACUAUCGUCUUUCCCUCACCCAGUUUGAGGACCUGUUGUCCCGAGCUGGUCCAAGCAUCGCCCGCCUAGACACCAACUACAGGCACUCAAUCCCACCUACAGAGCACCUGUCCAUCUGCCUGAGUGUUUGCAAUGAUAGUAUGGCUGUGGUGUCAUAUCAGUGUAAGCACUCGGUGUUUGCUGAUAUCAGACUGUGGUAUGAGGCCCACUGCCUGGGUCAUGUAGCAGCCAACAACUCCUCCAGACAGCCUGUCCUGGUGAGGGCCCACAUCUCGGCCGAGGGAGCAGUGUCUUGGCAGCCAAAAGAAUAG